GCCAUAUAAAAGGAAAUUGUGGUCUGGGAAUCUCACGGUCGUUGUUUGCGCAGAUGAAGAGAGAGCCCAUUUGUGACUUGUGAGGCUUCGAAGAAAGGAAAGGGAGAGCCAAGAGAAAUGCCGGGAGUGAGAGGGCCCUCAGAUUACUCACAGGAACCACCUCGUCACCCAUGCCUCAAAAUCAACGCCAAGGAACCCUUCAAUGCUGAGCCACCCCGUUCGGCCUUGGUUUCCUCUUAUGUGACUCCGGUGGAUUUAUUCUACAAGAGAAAUCAUGGCCCAAUCCCAAUAGUUGAUGACAUAGAAAGAUAUUGUGUUUCUAUCUCUGGGUUGGUAGAAAAUCCUAAGGAGCUGUUUAUGAAAGAUAUCAGAAAGUGGGCAAUAUUAAUGUUUAAGUUAGCAUGCAUUACAAAGGUGCUUGAGCAAGUAAUGUACAUUGUUAUUAUAUGUAACAGGAUGCUUCCAAAGUAUAAUGUCACUGCCACUUUACAGUGUGCAGGUAAUAGAAGGACUGCUAUGAGUAACACCAGAAAAGUGAAGGGAGUCGGCUGGGAUGUUUCCGCCAUAGGAAACGCUGUCUGGGGUGGUGCCAAGUUGGCUGAUGUUCUUGAACUUGUUGGAAUAUCUAAGUUGACAAGUUCCACUCAAUCAGGUGGAAAACAUGUUGAAUUUGUAAGCAUUGAUAAAUGUAAGGAAGAAAAUGGAGGCCCUUACAAAGCAUCAAUUCCACUAAGUCAGGCCACAAACCCUGACGCAGAUGUUUUACUUGCUUAUGAGAUGAAUGGAGAGACUCUUAAUAGGGAUCAUGGGUAUCCAUUGCGCGUGAUUGUCCCGGGUGUUAUUGGAGCCCGUUCUGUUAAAUGGCUAGAUUCUAUAAGUGUAAUUACAGAGGAAUGCCAGGGAUUCUUUAUGCAAAAAGACUACAAAAUGUUUCCACCUUCAGUCGAUUGGGACAACAUUAAUUGGUCAACCAGGAGAGCACAAAUGGAUUUCCCUGUUCAGAGUGUAAUAUGUUCUUUAGAGGAUGUGACUGCAAUAAAGCCUGGAAAGAUAAAAGUUAGUGGAUAUGCAGCAUCAGGAGGUGGCCGUGGCAUUGAGAGGGUAGAUCUGUCUGUUGACGGUGGCAAAACCUGGAUGGAAGCCUCCAGAUACCAAAAGACUGGCAUCCCAUACAUCACAGAUGAUAUAAGCAGUGACAAGUGGGCAUGGGUGCUUUUUGAGGCCACCAUCGAUGUCACGCAUAGCACAGAGAUUGUUGCAAAAGCGGUGGAUAUAGCAGCCAAUGUCCAACCCGAAAGGGUGGAAGACAUUUGGAACUUGAGAGGGAUACUGAACACCUCAUGGCAUCGAGUUCAAGUUCGAGUUGGUCACUCAAAUAUGUAGACCAAAGAUCAAACAUUAUCAAAUAAAAUGCUUUCUCUUGGUUAAAUUGACCGUGUUUGUUUUUCUUAUGCGAUGUACACAAAUAAUAAUUUCUGUAUUUUGAUGCUAUUUAGUAUGUUUUUUUCAAUA